AUGACUGACGAUCUAGGACUAGAUCUGGGAAAGAAGAAGAAGACAAAAAAGGUUAUCAAGCUCGAUGAAGAAGAAAACGUAGGACCAGAGCAGAGCGUUGAUGCGGUCGGAGAUGGAGUUGAGGAACUCAACCUUGGAACUAAAAAGAAGAGAAGAGCGCCAAAAGCAACCGAAGAAGUUGUCGAGGAUAAGGUCCAAACUCUCGAUAUUGGAAUCGGUGCUCAAAACUUGAUCGACGCGAAAGGACUCUGGCCAGAUUACACAUAUGAAGAAGCUCUCACGCUUGUGUUCCAAGUGAUGAAAGACAAAAAUCCAGAUUUCGCCGGUGACAAGAAGAAGUUUGCCAUCAAACUUCCAGAAGUCGGAAGAGCUGGUUCGAAGAAGACUGCUUUCUCGAACUUCUUGGAAAUCUGCCGCCUAAUGAAAAGACAAGACAAACACGUUCUGCAAUUCUUGCUGGCUGAGUUAGGAACUACUGGAUCAAUUGACGGAAGCAACUGUCUGAUUGUCAAGGGAAGAUGGCAACCGAAGCAUUUUGAGAGCGUCCUUCGAAAAUACAUUAAGGAAUAUGUCAUGUGUCACACCUGCAAAUCUCCAGACACUCAGCUCACCAAGGAUACUCGUCUAUUCUUCUUGCAAUGCAACAAUUGUGGUUCCAGAUGCUCUGUAACAGCAAUCAAGAGUGGUUUCAAGGCUGUCGUCGGGAAGCGUGCAGCUAUUCGUCGUGCCACUGAAGCCACCGCCGGAAAAUAA